AAUUCAAAAACUAUGCGAAAGGUUAUCAGAACUUUUUGUGCAAAAUACUUCAGACAAUACUUCUAAUAACAAUGGACUUAAUAAAUUAGAGCAACCGGUAAAUAUGCUUACAACAAGCUUUAUUUCUGCGACAGCGGGCUUAGUUGCUCAGAAUGUAGAUUUAGAAGCUGUUAGUGGAAGAAAAGUUAGUACCCGAGUUGAUACCAAAAAAUUAGAAAAAGCUGAAGCAAAGAUUAAGUCCAAAAUGGAGAAACGUGAGCGAAGAUCAAAUUAUGAAGCAAGUAAAUUGCUUUCAAAGAAGAAUAACGAUGAAUUCCUUAUGCAAGUAAAUCCUAUAUUGGAUUAUACAACAACCAAAGGAAAAAUCAAGGAUGUUAAAGUUGAAAAUUUUGACAUCUCAUUUGGAGGAAAGAGAAUAUUGACAAACGCAAAUCUAUCCUUAACCUAUGGCAGAAGGUAUGGAUUAAUUGGAAGGAAUGGGAUCGGUAAAUCCACUUUACUGAGAACCAUGUCGAGAAGAGAAAUUAGUGUGCCAACACACAUCAGCAUUUUACAUGUGGAGCAAGAG